CUUACUUGUCUACAGUACUUGCGCCACUCAUAUCUUCCAUGCAGCCGCCCUCUAAUUUUCAAGUUGCGCCUCGGGCAUCCCCCGAGUCCGCCGCGCUCUCCGCCACGUCUCAUCCGCCUCGCCACUGCGUGCGGUUUGUGAUGGAGGCGUCAUUACCUGACAUCGCAGCCAAGACUGGCGAUGAUAGCAAUAACAGUGUGCCACACAACGCCACUCCAGGUAUCCGUCUCUCAGUCAAACCUGUUCCUGUGGCCGGUUCUACUGCCCUCAAUUAUCGGAUGGUCUCCUCUAGCGCUAUGAUAGAGUGCGAAGACCCUAGUGCAUUACAAUCUCGACAUCAGACGUCGUUUAUAUGCCAUCCGGAAGGACGAUCCGAAGCAUUCCGAGUCCAGGCGACCUUUUCUGUGCGGCGUCUUCGUAAUGACGAGUUUCAAGCCCACUCGAUCAGGCCGUCUUCACUAGACCAAAUCCAACCAGAGCAUCGUCUCGAAGAUCGACUGCUUGACGGACACGCCACACGCGAUCGUGUACCCGACGCAACACCGCACUUACCCGGCCUAGCGGAGAUGGAGCAGUCGGCGAUCACCUUGCUAUCGCGUAUGCGCGCAAGCAGAACCCGUUCCGCGGUUGCGAAUCCCCAAGCGCCAUCGUCAUCGUCAGUCCUGCCCGACGCAGAGGACGAUGCCGCUUCUAGCGAAUACGAGGACUCGCAAGACGGAGCUACAGGAGACAUCAGUGACCAUAAUGAUGUCGAUCUACAUCGUGAACCAGGACUUGUUGAGCCUGGGCGCAUGAAUGCCUCCGUGGAGCACCCCAGUGAGGCAGCACCGUUCCAGGUAUACAGCGUUUCGGGCCCUAAAAGCAAGAAAAGGUCGAAACGGAGGACCCCCUGGGCUGAACGGCGCACAUUGCUCGGGAGCCCACGCAGACAGGUGGGGGCACCCAUCUCAUGUGGAUACAAUGGCUGCAAGCGGUCGUUCUUGCGCAAGGCGGACCUCCGUCGUCAUGAGGCGGCUCAUGAUCGCAGGGGCGGGUGGAAAUGCAUGCUGUGCGGCACCGUCCUUUCUCGACAUGACGCCGGCAUGCGGCACAGCACUGGGCGGCAUAAGGGCGAGAAGCCACUCCUCGAGUUUCUCGAUGUCAUUGACGAAUGAGGCCAGGCUUGAGCCCUAGCCGCCCGGCCAAAUGAGCUAAGUAUGCGAACCAUAUAUUGACGACCUGUAUGCCAUAUGCAUAUGCGUGCUGGGACAGUUGGACCUGGCGUUCUUGUACUGUCAUGAUGCUUAUAACAGUGUA